GGCAGAAUUCCAGGCCCACAGCGCCAGACGGGUUGCGCCGCCCUGCUGGCUCCGCGGCUUGUGCCGCGAGCGGGCCUUGCGCGCUCGCUUUGCCGCUGGGCGGGCCUGGCGCCCGGGCCCCGCACCGCUGGCCGCCUGAGGAGAGCCGCUGGCCGCGGUCGCCGCCAGGGAAUGUAUGCUCCAAGUGGUCAGGGCCUUGUCUGCCUCGAUCACUAGUGAGUGUCCCCAGUGCCCAGCACAGUGCCUGACCCAUGGCAGCCAUUCAUUAAACACUUGUGGGAUGAAUACUUGACCAUUUCAGGAUCUUUCUGUAUCUUGAAGAUAAAGCAGAAAUCUUUGGAGUAGAUGGAUUUUUCUCACUUUCUGUGAACUAAAGCGAUUCAAUGUCUCUUUUGGAUUGUUUCUGCACUUCACGAACACAAGUUGAAUCACUCAGACCUGAAAAACAGUCUGAAACCAGUACCCAUCAAAACUUGGUUGAUGAGCCAACCCUUUCCUUGUUGCCUCUAUCCACUAGAGCCAGUGAAGUGAUCUGUUCCACCAACGUUUCUCACUAUGAACUCCAAGUGGAAAUAGGAAGAGGAUUUGACAACUUGACUUCUGUCCAUCUUGCACGGCAUACUCCUACAGGAACACUGGUCACUGUAAAAAUUACAAAUCUGGAAAACUGCACUGAAGAACGCCUGAAAGCUUUACAGAAAGCAGUGAUUCUGUCCCACUUUUUCCGGCAUCCCAAUAUUACAACUUACUGGACUGUUUUCACUGUUGGCAGCUGGCUUUGGGUUAUUUCUCCUUUUAUGGCCUAUGGUUCAGCAAGUCAACUCUUGAGGACUUACUUUCCUGAAGGAAUGAGUGAAACUUUAAUAAGAAACAUUCUCUUUGGAGCAGUGAGAGGGUUGAACUAUCUGCAUCAAAAUGGCUGUAUUCACAGGAGUAUUAAAGCCAGCCAUAUCCUCAUUUCUGGUGAUGGCCUAGUGACCCUCUCUGGCCUGUCCCAUCUGCAUAGUUUGGUUAAGCAUGGACAGAAGCAUAGGGCUGUGUAUGAUUUCCCACAGUUCAGCACAUCAGUGCAGCCGUGGCUGAGUCCAGAACUACUGAGACAGGAUUUACAUGGAUAUAAUGUAAAGUCAGAUAUUUACAGCGUUGGGAUUACAGCAUGUGAAUUGGCCAGUGGGCAGGUACCUUUCCAGGACAUGCACAGGACUCAGAUGUUGUUACAGAAACUGAAAGGUCCUCCUUAUAGCCCAUUGGAUAUCAGUAUUUUCCCUCAGUCAGAAUCCGGAAUGAAAAAUUCCCGAUCAGGUGUAGACUCUGGGAUUGGAGAAAGUGUACAUGUCUCCAGUGGAACUCGCACAGUAAAUAGUGACAGAUUGCAAACACCGCCCUCAAAAACAUUCUCUCCUGCCUUCCUUAGCUUGGUACAGCUCUGUUUGCAGCAAGACCCUGAGAAAAGGCCAUCAGCAAGCAGUUUAUUAUCCCAUGUUUUCUUCAAACAGAUGAAGGAAGAAAGCCAGAGUUCAAUACUUUCACUGUUGCCUCCUGCUUGUCACAGGCCAUCAACAGCACCACCUCCAGUGUCACCUUGGACUGAGCCGGAAUGGGAUUUUCCUGAUGAAAAAGAUUCAAACUGGGAAUUCUAGGGCUGCCAAACCCUUUUAUGUCCUAUAUACUUGACACUUUCUCCCUGCUGCUUUUUCUUCUGUAUUGCUAGAUACAAAUACUAGAAUUAUACUUGAAAAUACAGUUGGUGCACUGGAGAAUCUAUCAUUUAAAACCACUCUGUUCAAAGGAGCAUGAGGUUAUAGCCCCUUUGGUUAGCUCAGAGUGCUAUUAUAACUCCAGGGAAACUUUGGAAUUAUUAAUCUCACUACAUUUAGUGUCAUCUGUUCUCAGAAUUUUUUCCCAAGCUGUGACUAACUCUUCUUUUUGAUCUCUCAGUAUAAUUUUUGAGCCAGUUAAAUUUUUCAGCAUUUUGCUGCCCUCAGGGGAAUGAGCCCUCAGAGGACAUUGCUUCCAAGUACAUUUUUUACUUCCGGAUUCUCUAGCCUUUUUAAUCAGCUAUUGUUAAACCAACAGGCUAGUUUAUCCUGGCAUCAAACCCGUUUUUGAUAGAAGGGAAAAUGUUUAUACUUUCCCAUUUUCAUCUGUUAAUACUUAUGGUAAUAUCAAACUGAGCCUCACUCACAUUAAAUGAUUCACUUGAAAUAUAUAGAAAAGUUGUAAUUUGCUUUUUUUUUAAUUGUUAAGGGGCUAAAGUAACACUUUUCUACUUAUGUAAAUUAUAGAUCCUAAAUUCGUGCACCCCGUGGGAGCUCAAUAAAGAUUUAUUCAAUUGAGUUUAUACUUAAUAAUUUUCUUUGUGUGGUUUGACAAAGCUAAAACAUACAUUCUAAUUUGUUUUGCCAAGGAAAGCUCUUUCUCAAACAGAUUUAUUUAUAUAACCUGUUGAAUUGGGGACAGCCUGGUAUUUGAUUCAAUGGAGGCAGAUUUUCCAGCCCUUUAUAUGAUUAUUCUUGCUCCUGUAGGAGAUUCAACUUACAAGGACAUAGAGAACUUAAUAGUUAUACCUUAUUAGCAAAAGAGAUAUGCUGUCUCAAAAAGAGUAUGCAGUUUGGACUGUGAUAAGUUGGGAUUUACCUCAAUUAGUAGAUUUUCUUUAUUUGCACACUCUUAUUUAACAUUACAUUAAAAAUUAUUUUGAAAUGAUUGUUUUAAGACUUAAAAAUGAAAACCAAUGAGACAGUAAUAUACAGACUAAUAGUCUGAAACACAAAUCUUUUCAUAUUUAUUGGCUAGCCCCUCUCAAGGAUAUUUGGGUUACUCCAUCAAGCAAGCCACAAAGACUUGCCAAGGUGGAGGAGAGAAAGGAGAUGAGUACCAGUGGAGGCAUUGAGAUCACCUGUAGUGGUGGGGGCUGUAGCUCAUUCCACUAACCUCCUCCUUCUCAUUUCCCCUCAGCAAGAGAGGCUCACAGGAACCACAGAGGAGGUGCUCUCAAAUCUGUGUGAAGAGUCAAUAUGUGUACUGUGAAGCAGGACUGUGGAGGCCGGGAAACAGUGCCUCUCAGGUCCACUGUGUUAGGGUUCUCCAGAGAAGCUGAACCAGUGGAUUUUUUUUAUUUCAAGUAUAGUUGAUUUACAAUGUUGUGUUAGUUUCAGGUGUACAUCAAAGUGAUAUAUGUAUAUAUGUAGGUAUAUAUGUUGAUAUAUAUAUAGAGAGAGAGAUAUGGAUAUAAUCACAUGUUCUUUUUCAGAUUCUUUUCCAUUAUAGGUUAUUACAAGAUAUUGAAUAUAGUUCCCUGUGCUAUACACUGUCCAGCUUUCCCAACACCACUUGCUGAAGAGACUGUCUUUUCUCCAUUGUAUAUUGUUGGCUCCUUUGUCGAAGAUUAAUUGACCAUAGAAAAGGAUCAAAACCAUUCUUGAUGUUGAAUUUCUGGAACUGUAAUAUUUAAAAAAAAAAGGUCUUAAGAUUGAGAGAAGCCACGCUCAAGAAGCUUCAUCUACAUGAAUCUGAUUUAGAUGAUGAAAUUCCGUACUUAAGCUUGAGCCUAAUGCAGUAAUGGCAUGAAACUAAGAAUCUUGGAAGCAGAGGUAUAAAACACAUAAGUGAGCCAUAAUGAGUGUUCCAGCCCAGUCAAGCUCCUAGAUGACUACAGGACCAGCCAACAUCAAGUGGAGCAAAACAACUGCCUACCUAAGCAAAGUCAACCCAUAGAAUCUUGAGAAAUAAUAAAACGGUUAUUUUAAGCAACUAAA